AUGGUGAGUAAAUCUGUGAUUUGGUAUUCCAAUGCUCAGCAGCAUCUCUGUGCCUCCUCAAGACCUUUUACUGUACCCUUACACCCGGCCAGUCCCAGCUCGGUGGGAAGUGGGGUUGCGCCGUGUUGUCCCAUUGCCUCUGCCUCCAGCAAGAUUGCCAGCGAUGUAGUCCAGCCGGCACCUGUGCACACUCAAGGGCAGGUGAAUGAUGAGAACAGAAGACCUCCACGGAGGCGGUCAGGCAAUCGGCGAACAAGAAAUCGUUCCAGAGGGCAAAACCGUCCAACUAAUAUUAAGGAAAACACCAUCAAGUUUGAAGGUGACUUUGAUUUUGAGAGUGCAAAUGCCCAGUUCAACCGAGAAGAGCUUGAUAAAGAAUUUAAGAAGAAACUGAAUUUUAAAGAUGACAAAGCUGAGAAGGGGGAAGAGAAGGACCCGGCUGUGAUGACCCAGAGUGAAGAGACUCCUGCUGAGGAAGAUCUUCUGGGGCCCAACUGUUACUAUGACAAAUCCAAGUCCUUCUUUGAUAACAUUUCUUCUGAACUCAAAACAAGUUCUAGGCGGACAACAUGGGCUGAAGAGAGGAAGCUGAACACUGAGACCUUUGGAGUGUCUGGGAGGUUCCUUCAUGGGUGUUACUCUUAA